CAGAGCAAGCUGGGCCGCAGCGUCGUGACGCAGCAACGAGACUGCUAGAACUGUGCAAAAGUAGCAUUUUUGCACCAGCGAACUGCCACGGCAGCUCCUAGCUCAAGACCUGCUGUGAACAGGGCAGGCAGCAGCAUGGCACUCGCAAGCAUAGUGCUGCUCGCAGCCGCCGCCCAAGCGAUGCGACCAGUCACGCGCCGCGCCCUCGCCACGGCACCGGCCGCGCUCACACUGCCAGCAAAAGCAACAUUUAUAGAACGACGGGGCUCGCCCCAGUUCAUCGAACGCGAGCUCCAAUUACCAACGUUAAAACGAACCAUGACCCUCACCCAGGCCUUCGGGGCGGCGCGCGGCGCGGCCAAGGACGCGCCGGACGCCGGGGACCGGACGGGCACGUACGGCUGGCCCGGUGGUGAUUCCUUGGCGUACUACCUCGCGCGGCAUCCCGAAAUUGUGAAAAAGAAACGUAUUCUGGAGCUGGGCUGCGGCACGGGCGCCGUCGGCAUUGUCUGUAGUUGGUUGGGUGCUACGAAAGUGCUGCUGACCGACGGCUCACCGAUAGUCCUGGAGACGACUUCUAGGAACCUCAAGGCGAACCGCGCCUCCAGAGCGUCCCUCCAACGACUAAGGUGGGGCUACGACGACGAUUUAGCGAAGGCACAGGCCGGGACCUGGGAUUUGGUCGUGGCCGCGGAGGUCGCUUACCAGCGCGAGACGUUACCCGCAUUUUUAGCUACCGUAUCGACACUACUGGCAGAGGACGGCCGGGCGUUGGUCGUCAUGACGCCGGAGCUGGCCGACAACGGCCGCGGUUUAGAAGGCGUCGAGAAGUUGAUGCGGUCCGCGCCGGGCCUAGAUCUUGUUUCUGUCGAAUUGGGCGACGACGACGACGACGAGUCGCUGGGCACGGCGCGCUACACACUUAAAAGGCGUAAGACCUAGUUGAGCU